GCUACGUAGCACCGAUUAGUCUAUCUCCCGCCAAGAUCCAUUUUCCCGCCAAUAUCCACCAAUGCCCUUCCUAAUAAACAUAAAUGCCCACAAAACCACAUACCUUUCUCUGCCUCUUUCUCUGUAAAAUUCUUUUCUGGGCAUCAAUGGCGACUCAGAAACUAACAGAAUACGAGAUAAAGAGACUCGAAAACAUUCGAAGAAAUGAUGAAAUGUUGGCUGCUCUUCAACUCCACGCUAAGGCCUCUCUUCUUUCUAAUGCCACCAAACGCUCGAGAGAUGGGUCAGCAAAGUCAUAUAAAGUUAGUCCAGAGAAGAAACCCAAGAAAUCUGAGACUCCAAUUGUUAUAAGACGAUCUUUGCGUACACGAGGAAUGCCGCCUGAUUCUAAUUGUUUAGAUGUUGAUUCUAAUGAGAAUUCGGAUAAAGCAACUCUUUAUCAGACAUCAAUUAACCGAGAAAAGCCUUCGCCCUGUGUCCUGGGUCCGCUGAAAAUGAAGGAUGCUUACGACGGAACUGGUUCUGAUAGAGAAUUUAUAGACACACUUUUGUCUUUUGAAAGGAAACCCAAAUCGGGUGUUGGAGUUAAAGAGGAGUUUGACUGUUUUAAGGUUGUUAAAGAGGAGGGGCAUGAUAGGGUUUUGUGCGGCCCGGUUAAGAGGAAGGUUGAAAGUGAUAAUUUGAAUUGUGGGAUUAAGAUAGAGAAGAGGGAAUUUGAGGGUUCUGUUGAUUUGGGAUCGAUGAGUUUGGAGCCAGAGAAUAUUGCAAGGAUUAUGCCAGGGAGGAUAAUGACAGUGAUAUUUUUUCCGCGGGACGAUGUAAACAUAGUUGUAGCUGGGAAUAAGCUUGGCAAUGUUGCAUUUUGGAAUGUGGAUAGUGAAGGGGGGAAAGGUGACGGGAUAUUUUUGUAUAGCCCGCAUACAGGUCCAAUUUCUGGGAUUUUGUUCCAGCAAUCUUGUUUAUCCAAGAUCUUCACCAGCUGUUACGAUGGAUAUCUCCGUUUAAUGGAUGCUGAAAAGGAAGUAUUUGAUCUAGUACACUCCUGUGAUGAUGCUAUAUUUUCUCUUUCUCAACAUCCAAAUGAUGUGAAGAGCUUAUAUUUUGGCGAGGGUCGUGGAGGAUUGAGUGUCUGGGAUGAUAGGACAGGAAGUGUUUCAUCCCAAUGGACCCUGCAUGAAGACAGAAUCAACACCAUAGAUUUCAAUCCACAAAACCCUAACAUUAUGGCCACUAGUUCCUCAGAUGCAACUGUUUGCCUUUGGGACUUGAGAAAAGUGGAUGCAGGUAAACCCAAAAGUUUAAAGAUUGUAAAUCACGAGAGGGCUGUGCAUUCUGCUUACUUCUCACCCUCUGGAAGCUCACUUGCAAGCACAAGUUUUGAUGACACAGUUGGUAUACUAAGUGGAGUUAAUUUCGAGGAUGCUUCUAGGGUGCACCAUUAUAAUCAGACAGGUCGAUGGAUUUCAAGUUUCAGAGCAACAUGGGGUUGGGAUGAUUCGUUUGUCUAUGUUGGCAAUAUGAAAAGAGGAGUCGAUAUCAUUUCUCCAGCUCAAAGACGAGUAAUCAGGACUCUACAGAGUCCCCACAUGACUGCUAUUCCAUGCAGAUUUCAUGCACAUCCCUGCAGGGUUGGGAUGCUAGCAGGAGCAACCGGUGGUGGCCAGGUUUACAUUUGGACGUCAAGCUAGGAAGAAUUGUUAAUUUCAUGUAUGGUUUAUAUACCUGUCAAUUUUCAAUCCCAGUGAACAAAUGUUUCGCAUAUUGUAGUAUUUCAGGAACUUCUCUGUAAGUGUUUCCAGAACUGCACAUGCAAGAUGAUGUCUGCUUUUAGAGUUAUUAAAA